GUCAUUUUGGUUUCCGCUGUAACACUUCGUAAAAUCUUCUUUUUUGCAAAAAUAUCAUCAUAAAUGUGGUGAAAUCCUUGGAAUGACGUUGAUUAUUACAAGACUAUUUAAAAAUCAUCUUUAGUUGUCCAAAUUCCUGCACCAGAAGCGCAAAAUGUCAUCUGAAACCAGUGAUGAAAGUAAAGUGGAGAGCGCGGAAGGGCGCCCGGGCUCGGCCCCGGAGCAGGCGCGGCGGGAGCUGGAAGAGGAGUUCAACGUGCAGCGAGCGCGAAUGAAAGAGCUAUUCUUGCAGAAAGAAGAGGACAUGAGGAAGGUGCGGCAGGAGAAGGAGCAGCUGGAGUCGGAGGUUCUCGGGCUCCGGGCCGAGCUGCAGCAGCUGCAAACCCUCAGCCACAACCAGAAGUCCGAGAUACAGAGCUUGCAGCUGCUAGUCAAUGGUAAACAACGUUAUACAGCAUUUAUUUUAGAUCAAGCCUACUAUCCAUAA